CGGGCGGCUCCGGCUCCCGCAGCGGGACAGACCCACCCGCCCAGGCAUUUCUCCGGCACCGGCAGCGUCUUCUUUCCCUCCCCGGUCUAUGGUGGCGGCGGCGGCUCCUCGGGCGGCAGCGGAAGACGAGGCUGCAGCGUUGCCAUGAACAGUGGCGGCGGCCUCCCGCCCCCCUCGGCCGCCGCCUCCUCUUCCUCCUCCUCGCUGGCGGCGGCAGUGGCGGUGGUGGCCCCGCCUGGGGUCGGGGGUGUCCCCGGCGGGGCGGCGGCGGGAGUGAAGCUGAAGUACUGCCGCUACUACGCCAAGGAUAAGACUUGCUUCUACGGGGAGGAGUGUCAGUUCCUGCAUGAGGACCCAGCCGCCGGAGCUGCCCCGGGCCUCGGCCUCCAUAGCAACAGCGUCCCCCUGGCUCUGGCGGGCGCGCCCGUGGCCGGCUUUCCGCCCGGAGCGGUCCCGGGCGGGGGAGCCGGGCCGCCCCCGGGGCCCAAAAAGCCGGACCUUGGGGGCCCGGUGGCAGGAGCCGCGGCCGGUGGAGGAGGCGGCAGCGGGGUCCUCGACGGACCGCGGCUGGCAAUUCCUGGAAUAGAUGGAGGUGCUUUAACUGAUACCAGCCUCACAGAUUCAUAUUUCAGCACCAGCUUUAUUGGAGUUAAUGGAUUUGGAAGCCCUGUAGAAACAAAGUAUCCCUUGAUGCAGAGAAUGACUAAUAGUAGCAGCUCCCCAAGCCUUCUAAAUGACAGUGCCAAGCCAUAUGCAGGCCAUGAUCCUCUAACUUCACCUGCUUCAUCCUUGUUUAAUGACUUUGGUGCCCUCAACAUCUCUCAGAGAAGAAAGCCAAGGAAGUAUCGCCUGGGGAUGCUGGAGGAGAGGCUAGUUCCGAUGGGAUCAAAGGCACGAAAAGCAAAGAACCCUAUUGGCUGCCUUGCUGACAGGUGUAAAUCAGGAGUACCCAUCAAUAUGGUUUGGUGGAACAGAAUCACAGAAAACAAUUUACAGACACCAAAUCCUACUGCAAGCGAGUUUAUUCCCAAAGGAGGAGCAACCUCCAGGCUCAGUAACGCGUCCCAGGCACAUGCGUCUGCCUUCUCUCAAGUGUUCUCUCACCCAUCCAUGGGGACUCCUGCUGCUGCUGCUGGCUUAGCCCCAGGAAUGUCAUUGUCUGCUGGAUCUUCCCCUCUGCACUCCCCCAAGAUCACUCCACAUACUUCUCCUGCUCCCAGAAGAAGAAGUCACACUCCAAAUCCAGCCAAUUACUUGGUGCCUUCUAGUGCCUCUACACCUGUUAAUAAUCCUGUCUCUCAGACUCCAUCUUCUGGUCAGGUGAUCCAAAAGGAAACUGUCGGUGGGACGACUUACUUCUAUACAGACACAACUCCAGCACCUUUGACUGGAAUGGUUUUUCCAAACUACCAUAUUUAUCCUCCAACUGCACCUCAUGUUGCUUAUAUGCAACCAAAAGCAAAUGCACCUUCCUUCUUCAUGGCUGAUGAACUCCGACAGGAGCUGAUUAACAGACAUUUAAUAACAAUGGCUCAGAUUGAUCAAGCAGAUAUGCCAGCAGUCCCUACAGAAGUUGACAGCUACCAUAGCCUGUUCCCUCUAGAACCACUGCCACCACCCAACCGGAUACAGAAAUCAAGUAAUUUUGGAUACAUUACGUCCUGCUACAAAGCUGUAAAUAGCAAAGAUGAUCUGCCUUAUUGCCUUCGGAGGAUACAUGGUUUUCGUCUUGUUAACACAAAGUGCAUGGUAUUGGUGGACAUGUGGAAGAAAAUCCAGCACUCAAAUAUCGUGACCUUGCGUGAAGUGUUUACCACUAAAGCUUUUGCAGAGCCUUCUCUUGUGUUUGCAUAUGAUUUCCACGCUGGAGGAGAGACUAUGAUGAGCAGACACUUCAAUGACCCUAAUGCGGAUGCCUAUUUCACAAAGAGAAAGUGGGGUCAACACGAUGGACCAUUGCCCAGACAGCAUGCUGGAUUAUUGCCAGAAUCUCUUAUUUGGGCAUAUAUUGUCCAACUGAGCUCUGCAUUGCGUACCAUUCAUACAGCAGGUUUGGCAUGUCGAGUUAUGGACCCAACAAAGAUUCUGAUAACUGGCAAAACAAGGUUGCGAGUAAAUUGUGUUGGAGUUUUUGAUGUUUUAACAUUUGAUAACAGUCAGAAUAAUAAUCCAUUGGCAUUAAUGGCUCAAUACCAGCAAGCAGAUCUGAUAUCAUUAGGAAAAGUUGUGUUGGCUUUGGCUUGCAACUCUUUGGCAGGAAUUCAGCGAGAGAAUUUACAGAAAGCCAUGGAACUGGUGACAAUCAACUACUCCUCUGAUCUGAAGAAUCUGAUUUUAUAUUUGUUGACUGACCAAAACAGGAUGCGAAGUGUAAAUGACAUCAUGCCCAUGAUUGGUGCUCGAUUUUAUACUCAAUUGGAUGCUGCUCAAAUGAGAAAUGAUGUCAUAGAGGAAGACCUUGCAAAGGAGGUUCAAAAUGGAAGACUGUUUAGGCUUCUAGCAAAAUUGGGAACAAUCAAUGAGAGGCCGGAGUUUCAGAAGGAUCCUACCUGGUCGGAGACUGGAGACCGUUAUCUGUUGAAACUCUUUAGGGAUCAUCUUUUUCAUCAGGUGACAGAAGCGGGCGCUCCUUGGAUUGACCUCAGUCAUAUCAUUUCUUGUCUUAACAAGUUAGAUGCUGGUGUGCCAGAAAAAAUAAGCCUCAUUUCCAGAGAUGAGAAGAGUGUACUUGUGGUGACUUACAGUGACUUAAAGCGAUGCUUUGAAAAUACUUUUCAAGAACUGAUUGCAGCUGCAAAUGGUCAGUUGUAGUAUUUGCUUAAAAAAAAAAAAACAGGCGGGAUAUGGCCGAGGAGCUUAUUAACCAAUAGCAAAUUGCACUACAGCUGAACUGUUCUCAUCAUCUCAUUUCGCGUUUGGGAAACAAGCAGAAGAUGAGCAGAGCUGCUUGCACUUGGGUCAGGUGCGCUGUUACUUGAAAGGAAGAAUGUUUCACUUAUCCUUGAGCUGUGGCUGCCGGUGGGCCACACCUGUGAAGAGUUUAUUUUAGAUUAAGGAGCACCGUUAGGGGAAUGAUGUUCCAGCUUUUGUUUUUUCCACUUGUAUAUGCACUAAUUUUAAUUUUUUAAAGACUUUUUUCUGAUCUUUGAACUUUUGCCACAUUGUAUACUUAUUAAGGGAAACGAUUUGCAAGGAGGUUUUUGGGAAACAAUGCUGGGCAGCAUUUUUGUCACUGAGGGUUGCAGGAUUUGCUCUUUUGGGGAUGGGUUGCCCUGAAUAACAUAAGGGACCAGGUAAAUGAUUUCAUGGAAGUACCGAAUAGUGCAUAAUUCUUGUUAAGAGUAUUGUAUGCAAGCUCUGUAUGCCACCCACUGUUAGUUCAGCUUGAGAUUUUUUUUGUGUGUUUUUUGUUUUGUUUUUAAGAACACACAAAAAUUUCAGUGACUUGUUGGGUGUGAAUUCCCCUAUUAGUUGAUUUAAGUCCUUUCUGAAUGAGGGUUAGACAAACAGGAACUGAAGGAGCACACAGAGCUCUUUGCUCCAAAUUCAACCAGAGCCUUUUUUUAAAAAGGCGUUUCCCUGCUAAUCAGAUACAUUUACAUUUAUGCCAUUUUUUAACAGAAAAAAAUUAAGAAAUUGUGUUAAAGGCCUGAAGUUCAGGAGUAUAUUGCUUUAGGUUUUUUCCAGUUUGCUUUUUUGUAUAAAGUUCUGUUCUUUGAACCACAGCUUUAUUAUGGUACUUUACACUGGAUACAGAUACAGAGACACUGUUCAGAAGACGAACUAAACACAGCGGUGGUCUGGCAUCAGGAGCUUUCUGAAGUUUUACAGCCUGAAUCUGGAGGGAAAACAAUCUGCUGUGCCUUUGCAGUCACUGCUUAGCCCAAAGUAAUAGUGCUUUUGAUAAUAACUAUGUGGGAUAUUCCUGAAUAAGUCAGUCUCAAAAGUCUGGAAUUUUCCUCCUCUUAACUUUCUUAACAUUUGGACGUGCAGUUGUCGCCAAACUUGGGUAUUCAUGGAAUUUCUAGUUAAUGAAAUACCUAUACUUUGAUACUGAAGACUGCCAAAUACAUAGGAAUUUUCUUUCAUAAAAAACAGUAAUGAAGACUCUAUCUCCUUUCCCAGCACUGAAUGUUUUGCUAGCACUGGGUGCUCAUCAUGCAACUAUGAAGAAAAUGUGGAAACUCAAAAGGUCAGGAAAGACUUCCAAGCACUUGCAACUGAUGUUACAGUCUUCAAUUUUAAUAACUAUACAUAUUUGUAGUUUUCAGAGAAGUUUUUAAUAUUUCUCUGUCCACUUUUUAUAAGCUUUAAAAUGAUUUUCUCUGCCUUGAGAUUUGCAUCAAGAAAAAGCACCUCUUCACCCAAAAUCUUUGAAGACUAGAGACACGCUUUACAUGUUUUAACAAGUGUGUUUGAGUCCGCGUCUGGUAGCAUCAGUUGUUGAGUUAAAAAGAAAAUCAGUUAUUGCAUUUGAUCAGGAUGGAUUUUAAAAGAACAUAAUGCUCAAUAUUCAAAGGAUAAUUAACAUUUGCCACCAUAAUGUUCUUUUUUUAUGUAAAAGGAACAGGAACUUGGAGACAUUAACAUGCAAAAGUCUUUUAUCAUUAUUAGCUCAUGUAUUUGACAAAGAGCAGCUGUCUUUUUAUAUGUUUUUUGACAAAUCAUAUUGUAAUUCUUUUGUACAAAAAAGAACUACUUGUAUUCUAGAAGAAAUAUGAAAUGCUUAAUUUAUAAGCGGGCUGGAGAUUUUUUCCAAUAUUGUUUUCUUUGAAAAUGAAAGGGGAUCAUCUAUUUUAGUUUCAGGGUCUGGGAACUUUUUGAAAAUUUAAUUUGUGGACCAAUGUUUUGCAAAAGCUAAGGAAGGGCAGGGGUAAAAUAGGGCUUGAUUUUCUCAUUCUGUGUAGACCAGCAAACUUCCCUCUGCGAGGCCGGUUCAAAUCACAACCCCAAGAGUGUUUGCAUCAUAAAUGCUAGCUUGCUUCAGCCCCUAGUAACCUCAGGACUUGGUUUGAAUAAAAAGGUAGACAGCUGAUAUGUUUUCAUGAGUAAAUAUUGUCAGCCAGAAAACAGUUGGUGUCAGGUAAUACGUUAUUUUUUUUAAGCUUUGUUUUAUAUUUAUUUUUCAUUUAGUUUUUAUUGGGAAUGGUUUUCAAUAGAACUCUUAGUUCUGCUUAGGUGUUUUUUGGGGGAGCCCUCUUUUCCAUAGUGUAAUUCCAUUUAACAGGUUGUCUAAAAGUUAGUCUUUUUAAUUCAUAGGAAGAUUUUAAUAUCUGAAAGUACUCAAAUUAAGGAUAUAAACUUGCACACCUUCCUGUUAUGACAGAUACAAGCACAGAGCGGACAACCCUUGAAAUCAUGUAACGUUGGUCAUUUCAAUUUUUUGUUACCUAUUUUAAAAUCUGUUAAUGUAUUUACUUCAUUGUAAAUAUUUUUGAGGGUACCUUUGUAUUUUGCUUUUGACCUUGGUUCUGUAAUUUGGAUGUCAACAACUUCCCUGAAAAGCACCAGUAUGUUAAGUUCUAAUGUCAUGAUCCCAAUAUGGGUUAUUCAUCUUUAAUCCUGUUUUCAGUCUCUACGUGUACAGCAGUAUUUUUAAUAAAGAAUUACAGAGAGAA